GACGUGGUCUGUCGCCACCGUGGCCAGCGGCACGUGGACGGUGAGAAGGACGACGGCGGUUAGGAGCGUGGCCAUGGCCGCCGCGCCGAGCGUCCCCAUCCUGGAUGCCCACCGCUGUUGGGUAUGGCAGAAUAGAAUACGCGAAACGGAAGAGAAGAGAAGGAAACCGCUGUUUGUUGGGACACCAAGGAGAAGGGGACGUUGCUCCGGAGCGGUUAUUACUGGCAAUACACACCCGUUGCUAAGCGCUAACCAUUCGUGCCACUGAAUAUCUGCAACUAUUCUGUAUGUUGACCUACCUCUACCUGUGACUGACAAUGAUUGUCCGGUAAUCAGUCCACAAGCUGUGGCCAUCGUUGUCGUAGGAGAUGCAGGCGAAAGUGCCCAAGGGCCAGGUGGUUCCAUUUCUGAAUUCCAGUCCCCGUUUUCUCGAGGGAAGUACGGUGCAGUUUCACUCGCAAGGUCGCCAGGAAGAUGUCCAUACAACACUCAUCGCACAAUGGAUGGCCCACCACUCCACUCAAAUAGUCGAGCUUGCCCUUUGUCUUGGUCAGUUUCCUCAGGCCCCAGCCCCCAGCCGACCUCCGUACAUGUCCAGGGGGCAGGGCCGGUUCUGCUGCAUGAGAUACACGGUGGAUCCGGACAUGGGACUUCUCAAGGUUUCGCGGAAUCAUCCAACGACCGCACAAAACGCCGGCAGCCGCGACACAUUCUAGAGAACGGGAAGGCCCUGCACUGCGGUCGGCACUGCCGUGUGGAGGUGAAGAAGCAAAAGCAAAAGGCGCGGCGAUGGAAAGGCCCUCCGAAUUACCCAGGUUUUGACGUUAAUACAACUGCCGCGCAGCAAGAAAAAAAAAAGGAGGAAGUAACUUUCUUGGAACAACAACACCCAUCGCUCUCUCCACUCUUUCCCAGUCUCCCCGGUGAGACGAGCAGAGCUAACUAUAUAUACCACCAGCAGUAAGAACAAGAACAAGAACGCGCCGAGCUUGCCAAGAAAGUCAACACGCGCCCUCCGCGACUGCCAGCAUGAGCCUCGACACCACCUCCGCGAUCGCGGUCGCCGCGGCGGCCGCCCUCGCGGCGCUCAUCGUGGCCAUCGUCGCCGCGGCGUCCGCGGGCGCAUGCGGCGGACCGCCGGGCGGCGCAGCCGCGGUGCACGACGUCGAGCGCGCGCUCGGGGACGCCACGCUCAUGACGUACGAGCAGGCGCGGGCGGCCGCCCGGAAGAGCGCGGCCGCGGACGAGGAGGCCCCGCGCUGCGCGCUCUGCCUGUCGGAGUUCGCCGGCGGCAGGGCGGGCGAGCUCGUGCGGGUGGUCUCGGCGUGCGGCCACUUCUUCCACGCGGAGUGCGGCGUCGACGCCUGGCUCAGGGCGCGCGGGACGUGCCCGCUCUGCCGGGCCGAGGUGUGGGCGACACUGCCGCGCCCCGAGUGCCCGCCGUUGCCGGCGCGAUCCGGCGGCGCCACUGUGGGCUCGCGUUAGUGAGACAGUAGUGUGUGUGCUACACAGUGGGAUCUUACACUGUAUGUUUGGUUACUCGCACCGUCUUAUGUUGGACCACCGUAUGCGUUGACUCUCUCUGAGCUGAUGUUUAGUUGGCUGUACAAGAGGGACGCAGCCUGCAUGAGCGGAUACAAAAUAAGCCAUUUCAUAGCU